AUGGACUUGUUCGUGAUGAUGAUGGAAUCUGGAGAGAGCAAGAGGGUCAUGUGUGCAAUGCGAGAGGCCAAAGGCUUGAUGGAUAUGAAUCCACCACCUGAACCGCGUGGGAAUGCUGUGAUCGUUCCACAUCAGAGGAACGCUCCAGAAGAUCGGAAUGUGAGGGAACCUGCACCUGCAGCUGGUCGUGGACGAACACUUGGAGAUUACAACAGGCCUGAGCAGUUCUAUCACCCCUUUCAAGGCCACUCACAUGAGCACCCUAUGGAUCACAACGAGAGGUUUGAGGACUUGUUGGAGCCAGGAUCACUCACUACUUGGGAAGAGACCAGGAAUGCUUUCCUGCACAACUUCUUCGAUGAUGCUAGGUCUGAGGAGUUGAGGACGAAAAUUUCGACCUUCUCUCAGGAACCAACUGAAGCGUUCAAAGCUUCCUGGGUGCGAUUCAAAUCGUACCAGCGAGACUGUCCCCAUCAUGGCUUCAGCGAUGUGCAGCUGUUAGGUAUCUUCUUCAGAGGUAUUGAUUGGAGGUAUCAAAUGGCUCUUGAUGCAGCGAGCAAUGGAAACUUCAACACCAGAUACCCAGACGAAGCUGUUGAGCUCAUCGAAAACUUGGCAUCUAGCAAUAGAACCAAGAAUGCAGACUAUCAGCGAAGGAAGCAGGCUGGGAACAUGGAUGGAUCGCAAAUUGCUGAGGUGAAGGCUAAGCUUGACUCUGUGCAUAGUCUUCUUGUGGGUAAGAAAUCUGUCAGAUACCCUGCAGGAGUUCAGAAUUUCGGACCAGAUGAAGCUUUUGUGGAAGAGGAUGUUAACUUCAUCAAUGGAGCUGGAUUUCAGGGUCAGAGAUUUGGUACUCAGCAAGGGAACACAAAUUACAAUGGAAAUAAUCAGAGGAGUACCUUCACAGGUAAUCAUAACUCUUAUGGUUACAGCUCCAAACCUCAGUACCAGACAUCAUACUCCAACAACAAUUUUUCAAGGAACUAUGGUUCUCCUCCUACUCAAACUCCUGAUAAUGAGGUGAAGUCUCUGCUGGAACAGAUCUUGGAAGGUCAGCAGAAGAUGACUGUGGAUUUCAAUGGGAAGGUUGAUGCUCUGUAUCUGGAUCUGAAUGGAAAAAUCAAAGCUCUGAACACUCAUGUGAAAAAGCUUGAUACUCAGGUUGCUCAGACUGCAGAGUCUGUAAAAAGGCAAGAAGGAUUCCUUCCUGGGAAGACUGAUACCAAUCCUAGGCAUUACUGCAGUGCCAUCUCGUUAAGAAGUGAGCCAGUGUCGAGCGACACCACAACCAGUGUCGCGCGUCACCAAUUGCAGAGCAAAGCUGAUAUUGCUCAAAGUCCGAAAUCUGCUGAAGAAAGAGUCUACAAACCUAAGGUUCCUUACCCAAGGAGUCCUAGGAAGUCCAAGCAGGAGAUAGAUGAUGCCAGAUGCAAGGCUUUGAUGGAGAAACUUGUGCUUGAGAUUCCUUUGGUUGAUGCUGUGAAGAUUGCUCCUACUCUCAGACACUAUGUGAAAAAGAUGGUGACUAAUAAUCUUAGUCAUGAGGAAGGAGUGAUGAUGAUCUCUGAACAGGUCAGUGCUGUGAUUCAGAAUAAGAUUCCAGAGAAACUCUCAGACCCAGGAAGCUUUGUUUUGGACUGCUCUAUCUUCUCUGAGAGAUUCAAGAGAUCGCUGUGUGAUCUUGGUUCGAGUGUCAACCUAAUACCAUACUCUGUAGCUGUUAGCCUUGGGAUGACUGACUUCAAGCCAACUAAGAUCUCUCUAAUCCUAGAAGAUCGAUCUAAAAGAAUCCCAAAUGGUAUCUUGGAGGAUGUUCCGAUUAAAGUUGGUGAUUGCAUGAUUCCUACAGAUUUCGUGGUUCUGGAAUAUGGAGAGGAACCCAAAGAUCCUCUUAUCCUGGGAAGGUCGUUUUUAGCUACAGCUGGAGCAGUAAUUGAUGUCAAGCAUGGUAACCUUGAUCUCCACCUGGGAGAUACCAUCAUGACUUUCAAGAUGGAGAAGCUGAAGGAUCCCACCAUAGAUGGUCAGACAUUCCAAGUCAGUGCAAUACCUGAAGUGAUAGUUGGAGAUCAGAACGUGUUUGAUGCUGAGAUGGUGAGAGAUCAAUCUGAGUUGACGAAAACGUCUACAGAACCAGUGACUACUGUUGAUCAGGAAGCUCCAAACAUUGCACUCCAUCCAUCUCCACCAAAGCAAAGGUUGAAGCCACCCAAACACAGAUCUCACCCUGGUGCUAUUCCUGUAUUCCUUGGACGACCUCAUGCGCACAACGUUUACACACCACCAUGGAUGAGACGAAUUUCACAGAGGCACUCUUUGCCACUGUCUGAUCCACCAGAUGCAUAG